AUGUCAAGCUUCGUACCUGAUCCUCUCGAUAAUUUACUUCCACCCUUGGGGGAGCCAAACCACCCGGAACACCCCCAGGACCCUGGAGGGACAAACCUCAUCAUCAGUGAAAUAAUACAAGUCGUCGUCAAUAGUAUGUGCCAUCUAUCUUCAUUCAUCACGUACCAACGAUUUCCCGAAGCUAUUCUGGCGAUGCUUUGUUUCGUCAUUAAUCAGCUGUUUCGUUUGGCGACACCCUCCGUACCAGAUCCACUUGGUGAUGCUCUCCCACUCUUGAGUGAGGAGCCGAGCCACCCAGAACACACCCAGGACCAGGGAGAUACAAACAUUACUAGUGGAAUACAACACAUCGCUAUUACUGCCAUUCGCGCCACUGAUCUCACUCUUGGUCUCCGACGGAUACCAGCUGGCUUCCACGUGACAGUACAAGCUGAUGGUGUUGAAUGGCAGACAAGCAACAAAUCUGUACAUGUAGACCAGACCGUUGUCGAAUGGAACGAGCACAUACUUCUGCCAUCCGAGCCAUCUUCUAAAGUUCGGGUCAGGUUGUAUGCCUCAUUUGAAUUGGGUUCCAUGCUCGAUCAUGGAGAACUCCUCCGCACAUUCGAGAUCUCAGUUAGAGAAUUACUUGAUCGCAGUCGACAGUCCCAUCCCAUCGUCUUUAAGCCAAAACCAGGGCAAGUCGUAUCCUCAUGUACUUCACUGCUCAUGACAGUGGAGCAGCGACGUUCUGAUGAAAAUGACGCCGCAGCUCUUCCCCCCCUUACUACUCUCAUGACCAGCGAUAUGCAUACGUUAUUACUCAAAACGGAUGCCGGACAUUGUCUUCUCGCACGAUACCGCAGAACGCAGAACAGCAGGGAUCUCGACCAAUGCAUAAAGCACUUUGAAGGCGCCUUUGAUCUCUGCGCCUUUGAUCAUCCCUGCCACCCUGCGGCACUGUUCAAUCUAGCCACCGCGAAGUUUAUUAGUUGCCAAGCUAAUGGAACAUACCUCGAUCUCGAUAUCCCUAUCUCGCUCUUUCAAGAUGCCCUUGAUAUGCGUCCCACUGGCCAUCUAGACCGCGUCAUCAUCCAGCUUCAUCUUGCCAUUGCUCUGCUAUCUCGUUUCGUGAAUCGGGGAUCUCAAGCGGAUGCUGAUGCCGCUGAAGAGUUGCUGAAUGAAGUCCUCGAUAUCUCCCUUGCUGACAGCCACGUAUACAGAGCGGCUCUGCUUGCAAUUGAAACCUCUGCUUUGGCCAGAAGCACCGAUGCGAAUAUACUUAGGGCGGAGGGGCCCGUUUCGUCCAUGCUUCCGUGGUCCCCGAAUGAACUUGCUCGUCGAGCAGAGCUGUGUUUUCGUAGAGACGAUCCCCAAGCCGUAGAUGAAGUUAUAUCUCUUCAUUACGAUGCGCUGGGAUACUACAGCACGGCGCAUGAUGAGCGAGGGCAAUUGCUGUGCAAUCUGGGUGCAAUGCUGAUGACUCGCUUCCAGCGUCGAGGAAAUAUUCAAGACCUCGAUGAAGGAAUUGCGCUUCUCAGGCAAGUCCCAGUCGGUCACCAAAAUUGGUCUGCGUCGUUGAAUAACCUUGCAACCCAACUUACCAUCCGCUUCGAGCACCGGGGCAAUAUCAAAGACAUGGAUGAGGCUAUCCCGCUUCACUGGCAGGCGCUGGCUUUGUUCCCGGUCGGUUACCCAGAUCGGUCUGCAUCAUUGAAUAACCUUGCAAAUCAACUCUCCAACCGCUUCAAGCACCAAGGCAAUGCCCAGGACUUGGAUGAGGCUAUCCCGCUUCACAGAGAAGCGCUGACUUUGUUCCCAGUCGGUCACCCAGAUCGGUCGGUGUCAUUGAAUAACCUUGCAACUACACUCUCCACCCGCUUCAACCACCGAGGCAAUGACCAAGAUUUGGAUGAGGCUAUCUCGCUUCACGAGGAAGCACUGGCCUUGCCCCCAGUCGGUCACCCAGAUCGGUCCGCGUCAUUGGAUAACCUCGCAAAUCAGCUCUCCAACCGCUUCAAGCACCGAGGCAAUGACCAAGAUUUGGAUGAGGCUAUCCCACUUCACAGGGAAGCGCUGGCCUUGCGCCUGGUCGGUCACCCAGAUCGGUUCGCAUCAUUGCAUAAUCUUGGGAAUCAACUCUCCACCCGCUUCCAGCAGCGAGGCAAUGACCAAGACUUGGAUGAGGCCAUCUCGCUUCACAGGGAAGCGCUAGCUUUGUUCCCUGUCGGUUACCCAGAUCGGUGCGGGUCAUUGAAUAAACUUGGGUGCCAUCUCUCUACACGCUUCAAGCACAGAGGCAAUGGUCAAGAUAUAGAAGAGGCUAUUUCGCUUCACAGGGAAGCACUGGCCUUGCACCCGGUUGGUCACCCAGACCGGGAAGCGCUGGCCUUGCGCCCAAAUGGUCAUCCAGAUCGGUCGGUGUCAUUGAAUAACCUUGCAAAUCAACUCUCCACCUGCUUCGAGCUCCGAGGCAAUGACCGAGACUUAGAUGAGGCUAUCUCGCUUCACAGAGAAGCGCUGGCUUUGCUCCCGGUCGGUCACUCAGAUUGGUUCAUGUCAUUGAAUAACCUUGCUGCUGUGCUCUCCGUCCGCUUCAGGCACCGAGGCGAUGACCGAGAUUUGAAUGAGGCUAUCCCGCUUUACCGGGAAGCGCUGGCUUUGACGCCGGUCGGUUACCCAGAUCAGUCUACGACUUUGAAUAACCUCGCAAACCAACUCUCCAACCGCUUCAAGCGCCGAAGCAAUGACCAAGACUUGGAUGAGGCUAUCCCGCUUUACAGGGAAGCGCUGGCCUUGCGCCCAGUCGGUUACCUAAAUCGGUCCGCGUCAUUGCAUAAUCUUGGAAAUCAACUCUCCGCCCGCUUCCAGUGCCGAGGUAACGACCAAGACUCGGAUGAGGCCAUCUCCCUUCAUAGGGAAGCACUAGCUUUGUGCCCUGUCGGUCACCCAGAUCGGUGCGCAUCAUUGAAUAACCUUUGGUGUCAUCUCACUAUCCGCUUCGAGCACCGAGGCAAUGCCCAGGACCUCGACGAGUCACUAGAUAUUCACUACCGUGCAUUGGCUCUCUUGAUGCAAGAUGACCCUCGUCAAAUAUCCGUCCAUAGCUCACUAGCUAACAUCUAUCUGCUGUUCCAUCGACCAGGACUUGAUGGCAGUAUCAAUGCCGCCAUGCAUCAUCUCAAAGUAGCAGCCAAUACUGUUUCUGGAGGUUUGCUAUCCCGACUGCGAGCAAGUAUAAAAUGGGUUCGCCAUGCUGAUCAACAUACACAUGGCACUGUACUGGAGGCUUAUGCAACUUCGAUGCAACUUCUGGACACUUACAUGUCUGCGACAGCUUCAGUGUCAUCUCGCCAUGAUAUCAUGAAGGUCUUCCCGCGCGCACUUGCAGUUGACGCUGCAUCAUGUACGCUUCGUCAUGGCGAUGUGCGCCACGCUGUAGAGUUGCUAGAACGAGGCAGGACUCUCAUCUGGACCCAGAUGGCACGAUUCCGCACGCCUCUCGACAGCCUCCAGAAACACGGCGAUCACGCAAAGGCUCUGACGGAGAAAUUCCGAGACCUCAGCUCCCUCCUUGAUAAGCCUCCUGCAGGACAUCAAGAAGGAACCCCAAGAGUCAAUGCAGAAGCAGAAGCUACCCGGUACAGACAUCUAGUGGAAGACUGGAAUACAGCUGCGGAAGAGAUCCGGAAGAUCGAGGGCUUCGGCCGCUUCCUACUUCCCCCCUUGUUCUCCGAACUCCAAGAUGCCGCUCGUGAUGGCCCUAUCAUUGUUCUCGUUGCUAGCAAGUCGUCUUGCGAUGCAAUCAUCGUCCCACACUGGGAACCUCCGGUCAGUGUAGGACUUGCUAUCAAUGUAGAAAAACUCGUGCGAUUGGUGAGCGCACUCCAACAAGCGGUGAAAAAUGAGGAGGAGAAACAAGCAAAGCUGAUAGAAGUUUUGAGGGAGUUGUGGGCCGAGGUAGUGCACCCUGUGGUUGUCAAUCUAGGCAAAGUUGCGAAGCCAGGGUCGCGAAUAUGGUGGUGCCCAACCUCACUCUUCAACUUCCUGCCUUUGCACGCGGCUGGCGAAUACAGGCCCAGUGGAAAGUCCCUUUCGCAGCUAUACAUUUCUUCCUACACCCCAUCACUUACCGCGCUGGUCAAGGCUCGCAGACGUCAUGAUAGGUCCCUACCCGUGUCCUUUGCUGCCAUCGGUCAGAACCACCCCCCAGAACAUUCAUUUCUACCAUGUGUCGAGCCUGAAUUGGACUUGGUGCAUGGUCUCCUACCCCCUUCCCCGACCGUUUCCUUUACCAAAGUCACGAGUGUUGAAUCAACGAAAUCGACCGCCUUGCGCACAUUGCGAGAUAACCAUUGGAUCCAUUUUGCCUGUCACGGGACACAAAACUUUGUGGAACCCUUCAAGUCAGCAUUUCUCAUGCGCGACGAACCACUUCAACUUCUAGAUAUCAGCCACACGGAUUUGUCUCGGCAUGAAUUUGCAUUUCUUUCUGCUUGCGAGACCGCAGUUGGUGACUUCAAAACUCCUGACGAAGCCAUUCACUUGGCGGCUGGCCUACAAUUUUCUGGGGUGAAGAGUGUCAUCGGUACAUUUUGGAAUGUCAAUGACAGCACCGUGCAACGCUUGGUCGAGGAAUUUUACAAGGAUUUUGCGGGGAUGGGAAGAUGA